AUGUUGAUUCAAUUAGGCUUGAACAGAUCAUCACUCUUCCUAAGACCAUCUGUGGUCUCCCGCUCAACCACUCUUACCAGACAACUAGCCAAGAGAUACCAAUCCACAGUCAAGACAAGUUUCGAUGAAGAAUUACAGAUUUUAAGAGCACAAAGAAAGAACAGACCAAUUUCUCCUCAUUUGACCAUUUAUCAACCUCAAAUGACCUGGUACCUAUCCUCCUUACACCGUGUCUCUGGUGUUAUGCUUGGUGCCGCAUUCUACUGUUUAACCAUCGCAUUCGGUGUCUCUACAUUGUUUGGCCUAGGCUUAAACACCGAAAACUUGACUACAUGGUACAAGGAAAAGGUCCCAACAUGGUUUGACUGGACCGCCAAGGGAGGUGUUGCCUACCUUUUCGCCUUCCACAUUUCUAAUGGUGUCAGACAUUUGGUUUGGGAUUUGGGUAAACAGGUCACUAACCCUGGUGUUAUCAGAACCGGUUGGGCCGUACUAGCAUUCACCGCUGUUGCUGGUACCACUUUUCUUUUCAAAUAA